AUGUAUCUGAACUAUUUCGCAACGGACAUCUUCCAUCGAAGUGCUGUUUGUGAAUCAGACGCUUGCCGUGUUUCAAAAACAAUGAUUGCUGACGUGUUCAAAUGGAAAUUCGAUGCAAACGAACUAUGGAGUCUUCUGGCGAAUCGAGACGAAAUCUUUCCCCAUAUCCGAGGACGGAAAUUUAUUCAUGAGCACUUCGGACUCUUUGUUCAGAUGACCAUUGCCUAUGUCAUCGUGAUCUUCUCCAUCAAAAGAUGCAUGAGGGAUCGAGAACCAUUCAAGCUCACAAAUGCACUUCGCUUCUGGAACUUCUUCCUCUCCGUUUUCUCAAUCUACGGAUCAUGGGCAAUGUUUCCGUUCAUGGUUGAACAGAUUCGACGAUUCGGACUUUAUGGAUGUGGCUGUGAGGCGUUGUCCACUCUUCCAAGUCAAGCGGAAUACUGGCUGUUUCUGACGGUUCUGUCAAAGGCUUUGGAGUUUGUGGACACAUUUUUCUUGGUGCUUCGCAAGAAACCACUCAUCUUCUUGCAUUGGUAUCACCACGUGGCGACAUUCCUCUUCUUCUGUGUCACCUAUCCAACUCCAUCGUCUCAAAUUCGUGUCGGUGCCAUUGUCAACCUGUUUGUACAUGCAUUCAUGUAUCCAUACUAUUUCAUCCGAUCGAUGAACAUCAAACUGCCAGCAAAGAUCUCGAUGGCUGUCACUGUGCUCCAGUUGACUCAAUUCGUGUGCUUCAUCUAUGGAUGCACUCUGAUGUACUACUCACUGGCAACUAAUCAGUAUACCUGCGACACUCCAAUGUUCGCCCUCAACUCCACAUUUGGCUUGAGCCUUUCCUAUUUUGUGCUUUUUGCCAAUUUCUUCCACAAAUCGUAUCUUCAACGAGGCGGAAAAGAAAAGUAUCGAAGUGAGAAAAAGGUCAACUAG